AGCAAACCUGAAAACACAACUCUCUCACACGCUCGCGAUGGCACCACGUGUUUAAUGAGACGGUAGUUUGUGUCCUUUCGUUCAGUAAAUAAAAUGUCGGAAGCGUCAAAGAGAGCAGACGUGUCCGAGAAACCUCCGAACUGGAUCCUCCAGCAUCCGGCAUAUCAACAAAUGAAGAGUCUGGAGCUCGAGGACAGUGCACAAGUACACGCAGCUUUCCUCGUGCACAUGGAUCUGACUGAGGUGCGUCAGUGGAAAGAGGUGUCUUGUGUCAAGAGUCCUGAGCUGCAGGUGAUUUUGCUGGAAGGGAGGGAGAAAGAAGGAGCGCCCGUCCAGACUGUUCUUCCACUGCCUGCUCACCGCUCUCUGAGCCACAGAAGCAUACGUCACGUGCUGGACCGAGGCUUCCCCAUGCUGCUGUGUGCCGUGGCUUCUGACUCCACGCUGGUCUACCAGAGGAUGACCGAUGGGCUGGUGACACCGGACCCUCCCGCCGGCCCCUUCCAGGAUUUGGGACGUCGGCAGCACCGGAAGAGACGGCAGAAGCACUGACCGGCUGGAGCGUGGCGUCAUCUUGAUGUUGUUGGCGAAACAUCGGGAGAGCAGAGUGGGACGGGCACUCGGUCAGUUGGUCUAUCGGUCCAUCUGUGAGCUGCUCCUCUAAAGGUGUACAGAGAACAACAUGGCAGCAGGUGCAAAUGGACCGAACCACAGAGCCCGUACAGGUGCUCUCGGUGAGAAACGGCAAGCUAUUUUCAACCUGCGACAUCCAGUUGAGGGGUUUGCAGCUAGUUGUCUUGUGAUUCGUUAAAACCUUUGACCCGUUGUCAGAGGUCUGAAGUUGACUAAAUACAAACCUGUAGCGUUUCAGAGACUUGCUGUUGACGCCGGGCAGCAUGUAGGUUACCUGCCUUCCUCAGAACAUUCAGGUGGGACCUGAUCUCAGGGGAUCCACGAAACCUUUCAGAAAAAGGACCCUCGAGUCUCGACCGAUGUGAAAAACGUCAAUGGUGGUAUCUACGUUUACGGCUGUGACGGACACCGGAAAAGUGAACAUUAAAUCAAUGCAAUACGAUGUGUGGUUGUAACGGUGGCACUCUGACUCAAGAUAUUCAUGUUUUCUGCCCAUUUUCCAAAAGAGACGAUAUUCCUAAUCAGCUGUUUACAUGCUCAUGGACCUGAAUAUUCCACUAGUUUUCCCGAUAGUAUGCAGUGGUGCACACUCUGAAUAAUUUAAAUCACCCCUUCAUAAUGUUUGAGGUGUAUUUGCCCGUCCGACCAUAAAUGUGGGCUUUUAUUUUUGCCUCUCGGCUCCAGCCGUGCAAACUAGUGAGUUUUUAAUGUUGGUUUGUGGACGUAGUUUGUUUACAACAGAGCUGUUAUACUUUGGACGCAAACUGUGGUCAAACCCCCAAUCGAGACGUCAUUUAUAUUCAAAAUGUGUCAUUUUAGUUCACGUCUUAAUUAGAAAAGGCUUCAUUCGGAAGGAUUUUCUUAAUUUUUCUGUCCUUUUCAUCCUUGUUACUUAAUAUCUUUAUGAUUAAAAUUGCCUGUUGAUAUCAGCCAUCAACUGGGCUCUCAUUACAAAA